UUUUAGAUGUCCGACGACCCGAAUACCACUCAGGAACGGGCGAUGGAAGGCCCAUCGGAAAAUCAAGCUGCUCGGCAACUAGAGGGCAACCAAGAAGAGGCACAACGCCAACCAAAAGAAGAGCAAGCUGAUCGAGAAGAAGCCAAGGGAGAAGAAGAAGCUCCACAGGUGGCCGCUGCUCUACCCAUACCGGACAGCCCAUUUCUUACCGAAUUGGCCAGGCUUCUACGAGGAUCCCUGCGACCAUAUCUCAACACAGAACCUGAUGAAGUCAUUGAAGCUGCGAGGCAGGAUCACCAACUCGAUCAAGAAGUUGCCAAUGAGAACUUGUUACAGUAUAUCUGUAGGACGCUGGUGGAGUCGCCGCUGUUGCCCGAAAGUUGCCCAAGAGUUGCCCGAUAGUUGCUCGAUAGUUGCCCGUUGAAGCCCGCCAAUUGCCCGCUGCUGGCCUUUUUUUGCUAGUUGACAUCCGCUCCUUGCCUGGUUGAAAAUACCUUUUGCAGGGGGUUUCCUGAAGCAACGAUAUGGGUAAACUCGCCGAGAUCAGGGAACUUUUCGCCAGAACUCCCGAGGAUCCCGCAUUUAACACUCCUGCAGGCAUCGAUGAUUCAGCUAUGAAUCAAUUUUACGAGUUGAUCCGAGACUGUCGAGUUGUUCCAGAGGAUGAUCAGACUUUCGUGCCAAGACAAGCGCUGGCUACUAGGAUCCACCUGAUCAUUGAUAGUUUUCAAGCGAGACGGGAAAGCGAGUUCCUACGGCAAUGGUGUCAACAGAAUAUUGUAUGCCUGCUGUAUGGAAAUCCCGUCCCCGAGAUGAAAGAUUUUGCCUAUCGGAUUUUAAUUGAGAUGCUGACUAGCUCUUCCACUUGGACUGCAGAGUUGGAAUCAUUCGCAAACGAGUUGAGUCGGAAAAGAGGCACGUUCAUUAACGAUUAUUGGGCCACGAUUCGGGAUCAAAAUGAAGCAGGUGAUUUGGAUCCCAAACGGACACUCUUUGCGGACUUUCGAGACCAGCAUUCCGUGUUUGGUAAUGUUCAAUUCGAUAUCUUCCGUGAACGCUUGGCGCAAUUGGAAAAGCUUUGGCAUUCGCAAAUGAGGAUGUUCGAUGUUCCGGAUAAGGUUCUAUGUGUGACUGGUAUAGUGACGGAUACAAUGACUGAAAUGUUGAUGGGAGUCAAAGACGGGAAGCCCAAUAUCACACCGUUCCUGAAAAAAGCUCGCAUAUUUUAUCGCUUAAGUGAUGGAGCUGAAACAUCCGAAGCACCAGCAGAAGCAUCAGCAAGAGCAUCCGAAGCGCCAGAAGCUCCAGCGUUACCACCAAAACGUUCCAGAGGUAUCAAGAGAAAGCUGAGUGAAUACGCCGAAGAGCUCUUUGAAUCAAAAAAGCCUAAGAGCGACGAGCUUCCGACUGCUGAGCAAUGGAUGUAUUUCCUCCAACACUGUCUACAAGGACCGGAACAAGAUGAGCAAAGAGGCGGCAAUCAAUAAAUUAAAAUUAUUCUUUUUUAUUUGUUGUGUGUAUUUUUAUUGUAAGUAUUCAAUAGUUUUGAACUAUUUUUAGCCUAUCAGUUGAAAACAUAUUUUCAAUAUUUUGAAAACGAAAGUUUGAAACUCUAAGUAUCCCUACAGUAACCCUGAAUUGGAGGCAAUGACAAGCCCUUUAACUUUGCUGAUUGGUCGCACUUUCUCUCACUUUUCAAUAAGAAGAAAAUAUCUUUAAAGCUUA